UGUCUAUGGCUUGUGUCUCUGCUCCUUGCUUUCUCUUGGUAUCUGUGAUAACCUAUGUAGGUUUGUGGCUGGAAGACUUCUGAAUUUUCUGGAUUUGCACUUUGGAUUUGGACUGCUUUUGAACUCUCUGUUUUUUACAUUCUGUGUUCUUGUUUUUUUCCUGCCUGUUUUGCCAGGUUGGCCUAAAUGGCCUAAAUGCUGUGGCACCCAAUAGGCUAUACCCACUGGUAUGUGAAGUCACAUUUCAACAGAAACAGGAGUGACUUUUGACUUCUGGUAAAAGAGUGUACUUGGUAAGGUCCGGCUCUGCUAUCCCCAUGGCAGAAGCUAAUGUUUCAGUGUCUCAGGAUCGAUUCAGCUGCCCAGUAUGCCUGGAUCUUCUGAAGAAUCCUGUGACUAUUCCAUGUGGACACAGUUUCUGCAUGGAGUGUAUUGCAGACUGCUGGGAUGGGGAAGACUUGAAAGGUGUCUACAGCUGUCCACAGUGCAGGCAAACCUUUACUCCAAGGCCCGUACUUUGCAGAAACACCAUGAUGGUUGACAUGGUGGAGAUGCUAGACAAGUCAGGAAACCGGUCUGAUUCUCCACCUCUGACCUGCCAUGCUGAACCUGGAGAUGUGGAGUGUGGUGUCUGCACUGGGAGAAAGCAGAAAGCUGUCAAGUCCUGUCUGGUUUGCCUGUCCUCUUAUUGUGAAACUCACUUCAAGGCUCACAAUGACCUCUUCCCAGGCAAGAAACACAAAGUUGUCGAAGCUGAUGGUAAACUGGAGGAUUUGAUCUGCACUCAGCAUGAUAAACUGCUGGAGGUCUUCUGUCGCACUGACCAGAAGUGUAUUUGCCUGCAGUGUGUCAUGGAUGGACACAGUGGACAUAACACGGUUUCAGUCGCAGCAGAGAGAACUGAGAAACAGAGAGACUUGGGCCAAGGCCAAAAGAAACAUAAGCAGACAAUCGAGGGGAAACAAGAGCACCUGGAAGAGCUGAAGGAGGCGGUGAGGGUGAUGAAGUCUGCUCAGGGAGCAGUGGAGGACACGGAGGGCAUCUUUGCUGAAAUGAUUCGCUCCAUUCAGAGAAGAUGCUCUGAGGUGACGAAGCUGAUCAGAGAUAAGGAGAAGGCUGAUGUAACCCAAGCUGAAGGACGUUUGAAGAAAUUGGAGCAGGAGAUUGCUGAGCUAAAGAGGAGAGAUGCUAAACUGGAGCGGCUCUCAAAAACACAAGAUCACACUAGAUUUCUGCAGGGCAUGCAGUCUUUGUGUAUUUCACCUGAUCAAGGACAUUCAUCUCCUGACAUCCGUGUCUGUUCAAACGUGACAUUUGAGAAAGUGACCCAGAGUGUUUCUCAGCUGAAGGACAAACUGGAAGAUCUUCUUAAGCAGGGGGCACGCAGUAUUGCAGAGAAUGUGAAACUCAUCCGCCUCUUUCGUCUCUGGGAGCCCUUAGCUAGACAGGAUUUCUUAAAAUGUUGGCGUCAACUUCAUCUAGAUCCCAUCACUGCACAGAACAAUCUUCAUUUAUCGGAAGGAAACAAGGCCGUCACCUGGAAGGACGAGCUGCAGCAGCGUCCCGAUAAUCCAGAGCGGUUUGACCACUGGCAACAGGUGUUGUGUAAAGAGAGUGUGUCUGGAAGAUGCUAUUGGGAAGUGGAGUGGAGUGGACUAAACGUGGGCUCAAAAGAAGUUUUUAUCGGGCUUUCAUCUAAAGCGAUCACCCGGAAAGGAAGUCGCAGUAAAGCUUGGUUUGGGUACAACGAGCACUCCUGGAGUUUGAGCUGUUCACACUCCUCCUGCUCUUUCAUACACAACAGAAAGGAAACACGUCUGAAAGGUGUCCCCAGCAGUAGAAUUGGAGUGUAUUUGGAUCACAAAGCAGGAAUUCUGUCUUUUUACAGCAUCCACGGAGACAAAAGCACACUCCUGCACAAAAUACAGACCACAUUCACUCAGCCCCUCUAUCCUGGCUUUUGGAUACUACCAGGAUCAGAAGUACAUAUAAGCUUAUGCAAGUAGAAUGUCUGUCUGCCUUGUUGCCGUGUCAAUUGCCAAUACCUCUGGUAUAAUCGAGGCCUGGAAGGCAUGUGUGUAGCGCUUUUCAUGUGCAGAGGCAGCUCAAUGUGCUUGCGUAUAAUGACCCCUUUCCAUCCAGAAACAUUCCAUGAUCGUCACACCUGAGCCUUUCAUGCCAUUAUGUUCUUAUAUUUUGUUUUGUUUUAUGAUUUGAUGUCUCCUGACACUGUACAUAGGUAUACCAUGCACUGAGACAUCCCACUGUAUCUCCUCCUCAGGGCUGUCAUUAUUAGGCUCGUUUGUGACGAAGCAGUGCUAGAAAAUUCUAACCAGAAUGCAUCAAACUGGCAAAGUG